CUUCUGUAUUUCUAGUUAAGAAACGAUCUGUCUCUGGAUAAAAAAAUCGCUGCUCGUCAUGAGAGACGAACUCAAGUAUCUCACGGGAUUCGGUUGUGAGUUCUCCAGCGAGGAUGAGCGCUGUCCAGGAGCACUGCCCAUUGGGCAGAAUAAUCCACAGAAAUGUCCAUAUGGUCUUUAUGCCGAACAACUAUCAGGCACAGCAUUUACAGUUCCACGUAAUCAAAAUAAAAGAUCGUGGCUCUAUCGAAUAAGACCCUCUGUCGUUCACAACCCAUUUAAAUCCUUCACUAGAAGCCAUGGUGCCGAAUCUUAUGUAAGAAACGAUUGGAACGAGACCUAUCCAAAUCCCAAUCAGCUAAGAUGGAAGACUUUUGAUGUCCCAACUCGACGAGAUCCCGAAGUCGAUUUUAUCGAGGGCCUUCACACUUUGUGUGGUGCCGGCGAUCCUAAGAUGCGCCAAGGCGUUGCGAUACACGUGUACUUGUGCAAUGCUUCCAUGAAGGAUAGAGCUUUUUAUAAUGCCGAUGGCGAUUUUCUCAUUGUGCCACAGUUGGGUACUCUGCAAAUUACCACUGAGUUUGGCAAGAUCCGAUGCGAACCGAAUGAAAUAUGCGUUAUUCAGCAAGGAAUGCGAUUCUCCGUGACCGUCUUUGGUCCAAGCAGAGGUUACAUCUUAGAAGUCUUCGACAAUCACUUCCAGUUGCCGGAAUUAGGGCCGAUAGGAGCAAACGGCUUGGCGAAUCCGAGGGAUUUUCAAACUCCUGUGGCUUGGUACGAGGAUCGUGAGAUUGAUUAUGAGAUCAUAUGUAAAUAUCAGGGAAAGCUAUUCGUGGCCAAUCAAGAUCAUAGCCCCUUUGAUAUAAUUGCGUGGCAUGGCAACUACGUACCUUAUAAAUAUGAUCUUAAGAGAUUCAUGAUCAUCAAUUCCGUUUCUUUUGAUCACUGCGAUCCUUCCAUCUUCACCGUGCUGACGUGCCCCACUAACAAACCUGGAACCGCUGCAGCCGACUUCGUGAUCUUUCCACCCCGAUGGUCCGUGCAAGAACACACUUUCAGACCACCCUACUAUCACCGAAAUUGCAUGAGCGAGUUCAUGGGCUUGAUAAAGGGUCGCUACGAGGCAAAAGAGGAUGGUUUUUCUGCUGGUGGUGCAUCGCUACAUUCCAUAAUGACUCCACACGGUCCCGAUAGACAAUGCUUCGAGGCUGCAUCCAAGAGCGAGCUGGUGCCAGAACGGAUCGCUGAUGAUACACAGGCAUUUAUGUUCGAAACCUCGUAUAGCAUGGCCGUGACACAAUGGGCUAGUAACCUUUGCAAUAAGCUGGACAAUGAGUAUUACAAAUGUUGGCAGGAUUUACAGAAACAUUUUGAUCACACUGAUAAGCAAGCCAAAAUUGCUUAAGAUAACGAUCUUUAUUGGAAAGAUUGAAUGCUAGAUCUUUAAAGUUUUGAGCUUCAUUCUUGUUGCCGUAUCUUCUUGCUUUUCUCUUCCUUUUUUUUUAAUAUCACGUAACCGCAGAAUUGUGUAAUAAAUAAAAGCUUAUUACUUUACGUUACUGUACUUCACUGUGAUAAAUGUCCAUAAUCUCAACAAAAAUUUAACGUGUUCGGGAGGAAAGCAGUAUAUAGCCAGCUUUCAAGAUAAAUCUGGCACCUCUUUUUUCCUCUCGAAGUAAAAAAAUCACUAAGAUCAUUAAUUUUGAACGAUAGUCUAUUUUAGUAUUAUAACUUUAUGCCAUCUUCAAGAAAAGAAAAAGUUAUCUUGAUGAUUUAUUAUUUUGUUGACGAAAAGAAAAAAUAGAAUCUCGUCUUUCUCUUGCAAUAACAAUCACGUUAUCAAGAUUCUUUCAUUGUUAUUAUAAUAAAAAAAGUAUUAAUGUUAUUGAAGAAAUGCGCGUUGUAAUCUUUCUUUUUUCUGACCGCUUCUUUCGUGUGUAUCGCAUUCAUGAAGGACGCAUAUCGUGCAAAACAAAGUUAUCUGGUGCAUGUAGCUAAGACUAAAUUAUCAAUUCAUCAACAUUGUAUUCAUUCGUAUGAAGAAUAUUACUGAAUGCAAAAAGAACUUUUAAUCGCAUCUAUCAUAAAAGUUGAUAUGCAAUUUGAUGAAAUCGGUACAGCAUAAAUCAUUCGAGCAAUAUGACAAUAAUAUUAAUGUUCCAGCAAUGUCACAAUAAUAUUGCAACGAUAUUGCAAUAUUGCUAAAAUGUUUUAUGCUAUGUAGGAAAUUAUGUUAGACUACUUUAUUAUAUUAAAUAAAUUGUUCAUUACCGAUAUUUUAAAGUACUAAAA